AUGGCAAAGGCAAUGAAAGACGAAUGUGACGUGCUCGAGACCUUUGACGUCGUCAUUAUUGGUGCUGGCAUAUCUGGAAUCAACUGUGCCUAUCGAAUCCAGAGCCAACUGCCCGGGGCCACCUUCACAGUUCUUGAGAAUCGAGAUGACCUUGGUGGGACUUGGGAUCUCUUCAAAUACCCCGGAGUCCGUUCCGACUCGAAUCUUCGCCACUAUUCCUUCGCCUGGCACCCUUGGCCAUAUCAAAACCCCCCUAUUGCAGACGGCCCACUCAUCAAGCAGUACUUGAAAGACAGCGUCUCGCAGCAUGGGAUUGACCGCUAUCUUCGUUUCGGUCACAAAGUAGUGUCCACAGCGUGGUCGUCGAAAUCUCAGCAGUGGAAGGUCAAGGCGAUUCACGAUGGCGUCGCGAAGGAAUUCAGAGCACAAUUUCUCGUUCUCGGGACAGGGUACUACGACUACCAGACGCCACGCCAGACUGUGAUACCCGGGUUAGAGGACUUCAAGGGAGAGGUCGUCCAUCCGCAAUUCUGGCCCGAAGACUUCGACUACACAGGCAAAAAAUUGGCUGUGAUCGGUUCUGGGGCCACUACAGUCACUCUAUUACCCAACUUGGCAAAGAAGGCUGCCCAGGCCGUUAUGGUGCAGCGGUCGCCCACCUACAUCGCCGCGAUGAACAACCGCGUCCCAAAAGCCCCAUGGAUGCAGAAUUACCUGCCUGCAUCUACUGUCAAGACGUGGACUCGCCUUUCCUACAUGGUCAAAGACUACCUAACGACUGUAUACUGCCACUACUUCCCCAAGCAAGCAAGAGCACUGUUCCGCAAGAUGACCAUCGCAAAGCUCCCCCAGCGGAUCGACUACGAUCGUCACUUUACCCCGCGAUACAAUCCGUGGGAGCAACGAGUGUGUCUGUCGCCCGAUGGGGACUUCUUCCAGGCAUUCCACAACCCGAACACCGAUAUCGUCACGGGUAAAAUUGAGACAGUCACCAAAGAUGGGAUCCAGAUGGAAGACGGUACGAUCAUCCCGGCCGAUUGCAUCGUGACGGCUACGGGGCUGACCAUGGUACUUGGUGGCGGCAUCGACAUAUCAGUCGACGGGCAGAAGCUGGACUGGGGUGACCGGUUCAUGUGGAACGGUGCGAUGGUUGAGGAGGUGCCUAAUAUGGUCUACAUGAUGGGAUAUGUCAACCACUCAUGGACCCUGGGCGCCGAUGACACCGCGCAUAUUCUCAUACGCGUUAUGAAGAACAUGCAGCGCAACGGGGUGAGAGCCGCUGUGCCGCGAGUCCCGGAAGGCGCGGUCACUGAUACUCGGCGCACCUGGAAGUUGUCUAGCACUUAUUCACAAGAAGCGGAAAGCCGUCUGCCGAGGUCCGGGUCUCACGGACCAUGGAGACCCAAGGGCCAUGUACCGCUGGACUAUUUGCAUGCUCGGUGGGGAGAUGUGACGACCGGGCUGCACUAUUCAGCUUGA